AAUCCUUUCCAAUCACACCUCAAUCUCUCUCUCUCUAUCUCUCUCUCUCUGCAUCUCUCUCCUCUGUUUUCUCACUCUGUUUCAACUCUAUUCAAACCCAUUUUUUCUCCCUAAAGAGAGACACAAAAAAAAAAAACCAAACACCAUGAGUGAAACAAAUCCUAAUCAAUCAAACAUGAUCCUCACCAACCCUUUGAUUCCAAAACCAAAAAAAAACCAAACUUUUUCAUUUUACCACCAUCUUACACACACCUUCAAAGAAAUGAAUUCCAUUUCAAAGAUAGCUUUUCCAAUGAUCCUAACAUGUCUUCUUCUAUAUUGUAGAUCCAUGAUUUCAAUGCUUUUUCUUGGUCACCUCAAUGACCUUGCACUAGCUGGUGGGUCCCUUGCUAUUGGUUUUGCCAACAUCACUGGUUACUCCAUUCUUUCUGGUCUUGCUGUUGGUAUGGAACCAAUUUGUGGUCAAGCUUUUGGUGCUAAAAAAUUCACUCUUCUUGGUCUUUGUCUUCAAAGAACCAUUCUUUUGCUUCUUUUGGUUUCAAUACCAAUAUCUUUUUCAUGGCUUUACAUGAAAAAAAUGCUUUUGUUUUUUAACCAAGAUGAAGAAAUAGCAACAAUGGCUCAAACUUAUAUUCUAUAUUCAAUUCCUGAUCUUAUUGCUCAAUCCUUUAUACACCCUUUGAGAAUUUACUUAAGGACUCAAUCCAUUACUCUUCCUCUUACACUUUGUGCAACUUUUUCAAUCCUUCUUCACAUACCAAUAAAUUAUUUUCUUGUUAUAUAUCUUAAUUUGGGUAUAAAAGGAGUUGCUUUAAGUGGGGUAUGGACAAAUUUCAACCUUGUUGCUUCUUUGAUUUUCUACAUUUAUUAUUCCGGCACACAUAAAAAAACGUGGGCCGGAUUUUCUUUAGAGAGUUUCAGAGAGUGGUUGCCACUUUUAAACCUCGCCAUUCCAAGCUGCGUUUCUGUCUGCUUGGAAUGGUGGUGGUAUGAAUUUAUGACUAUAUUUUGUGGCUACUUAAGCAAUCCAAGAUCAAGUGUUGCAUCAAUGGGGGUGUUAAUCCAAAUUACUUCACUUAUGUACAUUUUUCCUUACUCACUAAGCAAUAGUGUUUCAACAAGAGUUGGUAACAUGAUAGGUGCACAAAAGCCAUCAAAAGCAAAACUUUCAGCAAUUUCAGGACUUUCUUUCAGCUUCAUUUGUGGAGUGUUUGCAUUUAUUUUCACUCUUUGUGUAAGAAACAUGUGGGCUAGUAUGUUCACAAAAGACAAAGAAAUCAUUGCUUUAACAUCAAUGGUUUUGCCAAUUAUAGGUUUAUGUGAACUAGGUAACUGUCCUCAAACAACAGGCUGUGGUGUUCUUAGAGGAACAGCAAGGCCUAAAGUUGGUGCUAAUAUCAACUUAGGUUGUUUUUAUCUCGUCGGAAUGCCGGUUUCGGUUUGGUUAGCAUUUUAUGGUGGUUAUGAUUUUCAAGGUCUUUGGCUUGGUUUACUUGCUGCUCAGGGAUCAUGUGCUCUUACUAUGUUGAUUGUUCUUUACAAAACUGAUUGGAAAUUUGAAGCUUUAAGAGCAAGGAAACUCACAGGAUCAGAAAAAGAGAAUGAAAACAAAGAAAUUGAUGAAGAAAAGUUACAUAUUUCUGAAAACAAUGAAAAUUCAUUGCCAUUUUUUGAUGUUUUUGAUGAUUCAGAUGAAGAUGAUGAAGAAGAACGUUUGUGUUUGGUUUAGUAGAAAAUGUAGUGAUAGUAAUAAUAACAUUUAAGGUAUUUGUCUUUAACUGUAUAGGGUAGUAGCAGGUAGAGACAAGAUGAUAAUUUUUAGACUGCAAAGGGUGUGAGUUUGGAAAAAAAAAUUACAUGGUCCAUGUCUCUUCUAAGGCUAAUUUUUGAGUACUUUUUUCUGUGAAAUUCAGAUGCAUUGAAUGUCAGAGGAAAGUAUAAAAACGUGUUCUUGCUUGAGAAAUCAAAUAAAAAUUAUCGUGGAAACAA